AUGACCACCGCAGCAGAGAACAAGUUAGAAGACCCCCAAGGUCAACUCCUCGUGCAUGCCAUCGAAGAGAAAGCGCAAUGGAUACCAAACAAUAUGUACAUGCGAUACGCACCGGACAAUUGGGAAGUAUGCGGCUACAGGACGAUUACGUGGAAGCAGUAUGCAAACGCCAUCGACAAGAUGGCUUUCUGGUUCGACGAGCAGCUUGGCAAGGCGGUCGAUCGUGAGACGAUGGCUUACUUUGGGCCCAACGAUCCAAGGUAUGCCAUCUUGAUACCAGCCAUAGCCAAGAAUGGACGAAAAUUGCUGGUUCCGGAUGGGCGUGUGACCAAAGAGGGGCUUGCAGGCUUGAUUGCAGCGGCUAGUUGCAAAGUAUGGUUGUAUCCUGAAGAUGGUGCUGCAGGCCCUUUGGUCGGGCCGGAGUCGGGCUUGAAGUUAUGUGCUUUGCCGUCGCUGGAAUGGAUGCUUUACAACGAAGAGCAGAAACGAUACCCAUACGAUAAAACGUUCGAAGAGGCCAAAUGGGAUGAAUUCGUCAUCAUCCAUACAUCCGGCACUACUGGCGAUCCCAAGCCUAUAUUCCACACAAACGGCAUGUGGAGCACGUCGAAGCAUGUGCCCAUACUGAGUCGAAGACAUUGGCCCCGCGGCAUUCAGUACGAAAGCUGGAUCGGAAAGACGUCUCUUAACCCAUGUCCACCGCAAUGGAUAGCCGGCUUACAUGCGAUGAUUUUGAGCCCGGUUUUCCUAGACAGUCCCUGCGUCAUGAUGCCACGAGACGAAGUUACCCUGACCCCCGCCCUGUUCAAGAAAAUCACGUCGAUGAACAGGAUUGAAGGCAUCAGGUGCCCUCCAUUCACUAUCAACAGCCUCUAUGCGGAUCCAGAAACUCGACAAAUGCUGAAGUCACUGGACUUCGUUGCAUACACGGGUGCACCAUUAGAUCGAGCGAUUGGAGAUGACCUUAGUCAGCACACGAGAGUGAGCCCACUCAUCGGCUCCACGGAAAAUGGAGAUCAGGUCGGCUUACGACCAGCCGAUAGAAGGCUCUGGUAUACCCAUGACUUCGUUCCAGGGAACGGUCAUCGGAUGGUGCCUUUGGACGUAGGCUCGGACGAUCUCCACGAGCUCAUACUGGAGAACGUUGGCGAUGGACGCACCAAUCCUUUCCAAUCGGCCUUCUGGAACCCGGGACAUCGUUUCCUGGGGCGGAUCGAAACGAAGGAGCUCUACAGGCCUGUCAAGGACUCUGAUGGCCGCACGCGAUGGGCGUUUUCUGCGCGCAAAGACGACUUGACGAAGCUGAGUUGGCUGGCCAAGUUUCAUGCGCAGGAUAUUGAAAGGCGUAUUUUGCAACAUCCAGACGUGCAAAAUGUGCUGGUAGGUGGCGAAGCCCGGCCUGCGCCGUAUGUUAUUGCUCAAGCAAAGGAAGGUGUGCUGGACGGAAAGAGCGAGGCGCAGCUGCUCGAGGAGCUUUACAAUGGGGUGGUUGCUGCCACCAAUAAGACCGACAUGGAUGAGAUCAGGAUUCCUAGGGAGACCGUCAUGAUCGCGAAGAAGGAGAAACCGCUCAAAGUCAGCUUGAAGCAGCUGGUGCAGCGGAAAGCUGUUGAGCAGGACUAUUCUGAGGAGAUUGAGCAGGCAUAUGUGCAGCUAGAGAACAGCAGGAAGCCUUAG